UACGAGAAAGAGUUAUGAAGCCAGUUGGGCUAUUUAAUUUGGCCACAUUGUGUAUGUCGUUGGCAAGCGGGAGGCUGGUGCCCAUCUUGCCAGUGGGGGACCACCCAGGAAGCCAGGAUUGCAUAGCUACUGGCUGUUGCAUCCACCCAAGUUCAAAGGUUCAGGAGAGACCUUUACCACACUUGAAUCGAAGCCAAAAGAGGACAAGGAAUAUGUUUGAUAACACCCAGUACCCCUAUAAUUGCUUUAAUUACGAUGGGGAUGAUUACCCAACCUGCAGCUCUGAUGAAGAGAAAAGGUUCACCAGACCAGCAUACAGCUACAUCGCUUUAAUUGCAAUGGCCAUUCAGCAGAGCCCCUCCAACAAAGUGACCCUUUCUGGCAUUUACGACUUCAUCAUGAAGAAAUUCCCUUACUACAGGACAAACCAGCGAGCCUGGCAGAACUCCAUCCGCCACAACCUCUCCCUCAACAGCUGCUUUGUCAAGGUUCCCCGGACAGAAGGCAAUGACAAAGGGAAGGGGAAUUACUGGAGCUUUGCAUCGGGAUGUGAAUCUAUGUUAGACCUGUUUGAAAACGGGAACUACAGGAGGAGGAGGAGGAGGAAGAACGUCAAAAGGGAACCCAGAGACAAACGGCCAAAUGGCGGGAGCGACUGCUUGCAAGCUCUGUCCCCGGUGGAUUCCGGAUUCCCCGGAAUCAACUCCUGUCCCGGUCAGAGAGUGCAAUCCCAGCCCAAAGCUUUGGAGACUUGCGAGCUUUUUCCAAACGCCGCCGCCAGCCGAGAGAGUCUAAACAGCUCCUCCAUAGGAAAAUCUGACUCCGAAAUUAAAUUUAGCAUUGAUUACAUUCUCUCCUCCCCAGACCCUCUGCCUGUCCUGAGGUCUCCGUAUCACACGGAAGAUAAUAAAUACCACCUCUUGGAUUCUCAGCAGCUGGUGAACCUUCAGUUUUGGACAAUGUGAGCUUGCAAACUGGGAGGCAAACUGAGAAGGAAACAAGGGACUUUUUUCUGUCCAACAGUGACUGCAGUCAUCCCCAGGAACAGGAGACUAGAUGCUUCAUUGGGCUAUUCAGUAUCUCAAAAAUGAAUUUCUCUGAGGUUGGAAACUUACCACUAAACCAUCCUACUGCUUGUGAACUUGCUUAUGGGUCUGUGGCACCUGCCAGUUCCUGCUUGAAUCGAGUGUAUCUGGUGGCCCCUUUCCUCCCUUAUCGGGCCCAGCUGGGCUUAUUCUGUGCACACCAAACAGCACCAAGUAGCUGGGUCAAGCUGCCAUUUUCAUUUCCCACAAUGCCCCUAAAAUGGGCUGCGAGCACCUCUGGCUCUCCAGAGGUUGCUAAACUACAACUCCCAUCA